AUUCCCAAUCUGACUUUAGCCUAUCGGACUCCAGCAGUGAGAAGGAGAAGCCCCGCCCCCGGAGGCUGUCGCCAUGCCAACAGCCAGCUGGUUUCCCCUGUAAGGACUCCAGCGCUGCAGCAGCCAUCCCCAGCAGAGACCCGGCCAUAGGCGGCCGUCCAGGGAGAGACCUGUCUCCGUCCACCCAGAGGGAACAGGGGGAGGGCUGGGACCGUGAGCAGGCCAAGAGACUGGAAGAGAGGAACAAGUGGUUCGAGGGAGGGGUCCUUCUUAGUGAGAUGAGCAGCAGGUGGGACUCCAUGGAGCUGAAAAAGGGCAGUGUUCCCAUCCCGGUUAAUGAAGCCGUUGACUCUGAAGUCAACAAGAAAUGGACAGAGUUUGAGACCUCAUUCAGGGACGCAAGCGUCCAUUCUCUCAUUGGUGAACAGGCCUAUCAGUCAAAGUCUCCAGACAUGUCAGAGUCUCUAGUUAGCUCUCAGACUAAUCAGCCAUGCCCAGAUCAGGUCAACCAGACAUCAGUGACCUCCUCAGGCAUGGUUCUUCCCUCCGUAAAUAACCAGAUCCUUCAAACUAACCAGGCUGAAGCUCAGAAAGAGGUUGAAAGCGCCAUGGGGGUGGAUGUGGACAGUCCCUGCGGCCCUGGAGCUCCAUGUAGGGCCAAGCUGGAAGCCAUAGAAGUAGCCCAUCGAAAGGAGCUGCAGGCGCUGCAGGAGAAGCAUUCCAGGGAGAAGAGGGAGCUGCAGGAGGAGAGAGAUCAUAAGCUGCAGCAGGAGAGUCAGGCAGCUGCUAAGGCUCUGGAGGCGCUGAAAGCAGCUCACAGGGAGGAGUUGGAAAGAGAGGCAGCGAAGACGAGAAGGCUUCAUGGUGGAGCAGCAGCUUCCUCUUACAGACCUCACAUGCCCGAGGCAGAGGUGUUGCACAGCGAGUUAAACGUGCUUUCAGAACGCUACUCUGAGAAGUGCCUGGAGCUGAGAGGCUCUGAGCAGAACAGCGUGAGCCUGGACACCCGGCUGGAGCAGAAGAAGAGAGAGAUGGAGCAGCUGCAGAGGGAAAACCAGGAGCUGAAGGCCAAGCUUGCAGAGGAAAUCAGUCGAAUGAGAUUUUUCAUUACGGGUCAAAGGUCAGAUGUGGUCUCACUUUGCAAAACUGAGGCGGCUCCUUUGGAUUUAGAGACAUUAUUGAGAGUAAAGGAAAACGAGAUCCAGUAUCUUAAAAAAGAAAUCAGCUGUCUGCAAAAUGAAGUACACGUGCUGAUGCAGGAAAAAGAAGCGGUCUACAAAAUGUACCAGGAGGCUUAUGUUGAACUAAGCGACAGCAGGGGGCGGAGCCAGCUGGAGCUGGGCUCGCUGAAUGAACAUUUAAGAUUAGCUGACGCUGCGGUGCAGGAGGGGAGAGACCAAGCGGAGCUCUAACACCUAAACAUUACAGCAAAGAAGAGUCUUUAUGGAAAACUGAUCUAACUGCAUCAGAUCUGUUCUCUUUAAACAACGCAGCAUUUCUUUCAAUCAUCUACGUUUAUUUCAGUUUUAAUAAACAUUUCUUUAGUGGACACACUUGUAAACAUGCACACAAGAGUGAAGGUGGAGCCGAAUGAUUCAGAAGACGAGAGGUUUGGGCGUCGAUAUGAAGGCUGCAGGAAACAGCUCAUUCAUCUUGACUGUGCUGCCUGGUUUACUGUGCUGCCUGCUUCUCCAUCAGUCCAUAUUGCAAAACGCCCUGCGGAGUAAACAAUUACCAAAG